GGGCAGCCAUGGCGGCCGUGCGGGCCCGGGGGCGGCGGCGGCGGCGGCGCGGGCGGUGCUGAGGGGCCGCGGGGCCGGGCCGGGCCCGCCGCGGGCGCCAUGAGCCAGGGUGGCGGCGCCGCCGGCGAGAGCGGAGAGCCGGAGGCCAAGGUGCUGCACACCAAGCGGCUGUACCGGGCAGUGGUGGAGGCCGUGCACCGGCUGGAUCUCAUCCUUGGCAAUAAGGCAGCUUAUCAGGACGUGUUCAAACCAGAGAACAUCAGCCUGAGGAACAAGCUGCGGGAGCUGUGCGUGAAGCUGAUGUUCCUGCAUCCUGUGGAUUAUGGAAGAAAAGCAGAAGAACUGCUCUGGAGAAAGGUUUACUAUGAAGUUAUCCAGCUCAUUAAAACAAAUAAAAAGCACAUCCACAGCCGCAGCACCCUGGAGUGUGCCUACAGGACCCACCUGGUGGCUGGCAUAGGCUUUUACCAGCACCUCCUGCUCUACAUCCAGUCCCAUUACCAGCUGGAGCUGCAGUGCUGCAUCGACUGGACACACGUGACAGACCCUCUCAUAGGCUGCAAGAAACCUGUGUCUGCAUCAGAGAAGGAGAUGGAGUGGGCACAGAUGGCCUGUCACCGAUGUCUGGUGUACCUGGGAGAUCUGGCUCGCUAUCAGAAUGAGCUGGCAGGCGUGGACACCGAGCUGCUGGCUGAGAGAUUUUACUAUCAAGCCCUUUCUGUUGCACCACAAAUUGGAAUGCCCUUCAACCAGCUGGGGACGUUGGCAGGGAGCAAAUACUACAACGUGGAAGCGACCUACUGCUACUUACGCUGCAUCCAGUCUGAAGUGUCCUUUGAGGGUGCCUAUGGGAACCUGAAGAGGCUCUAUGACAAGGCAGCCAAGAUGUAUCAUCAGCUGAAGAAAUGUGAAACCAGGAAGUUGUCUCCAAGCAAGAAACGAGGAAAAGACAUUAAGAGGUUGCUGGUGAGCUUCAUGUACCUGCAGAGUCUUUUGCAGCCAAAGAGCAGCUCUUUGGAUUCUGAGCUGACAUCUCUCUGCCAGUCUGUGCUGGAGGAUUUCAACCUGUGCUUGUUCUACCUGCCCUCUCCUCCUAACCUGAGCUCAACUAGUGAAGAUGAAGAGGAGUAUGAGAGUGGUUAUUCCUUCCUGCCUGAUCUCCUGAUCUUUCGCAUGGUGAUCAUCUGCCUGAUGAGCGUUCACAGCCUCAAGAGGGCAGGCUCCAAGCAGUACAGUGCAGCCAUUGCCUUCACACUGGCCCUCUUCUCUCACCUGAUAAAUCACGUCAAUAUUCGCCUCCAGGCUGAGCUAGAAGAAGGGGAAAAUCCUGUCCCAGCCUUUCAGAGUGAUGGCACAGAUGACCAGGAGCCACGGGAGCCUGUGAACUCAAUUGAGAAGGAAGCUGAAGCUGAGUUGACCAACCAUCAGCCUAGUGAGGAGCAGCAGAAGAAUGACUGCAAGAAAAGCAAAAAAUACUCUCGUCUCUCCUGCCUGCGCCGCCGCCGCCACCCCCAGAAGGCGGAUGAGAGCGACCUGAGUGAGGGCUUUGACUCUGACUCCAGCCAGAGCUCCAUCAAGGGCAGUGAUGGCUCAGAGAGUGGCUCAGAGAAGAGUGAUGAGGAAGCAGAAGCUGCUUUUGACGUGGAGACAGACUCUGACAUGAACAGCCAAGAAUCCCGGUCUGACUUGGAGGACAUGGAGGAUGAACCGGGUGAGGAGGGAAGCAGCCAAGGCAAAAGUGGGCCCAAAGAGGCCUUACAAAACUGUGUGGAUGGCAGUGGGCUGGGGGACUCCAAGAGCCCAGGCAUCCCUAAAACUGAGGCUGUGGAUCCAGCAGUCAAUGGGCCAGCUUCCCUGAGCACUAACGAUGCAAGCAUAGCCAGUAAUCUCCAGGCCAUGUCCACCCAGCUGUUCCAGACCAAACGCUGCUUUCGCUUGGCUCCCACCUUCAGCAACAUCCUCCUGAAACCCAACAGUGAACCUGCUGCCCUGAAGGAUGGGAUGGAGAGCAAGCCAUGUGUCAAUGGAGAUCUGGAGAAGCCCAGCUUGUCUGAGCAAGAUGAUGUGUCUGACUCUGAGGAAAGCAUUUCAAGUAACAAAUCCUGCAGAAAUGAGCGAUCCCUUCAGGAGAAGUUGGAGAUCAUGACCAAUGAAGGGCUGCUGCUUACUGUCAAGGUGUUCCUGGACUGGCUGAGGACAAACACAGACCUCAUCAUUAUGUGUGCUCAGAGCUCCCAGAGCCUGUGGAACAGGCUGUCUGUGCUCCUGAACCUUCUGCCUUCUGCUGCAGACCUGCAGGAAUCAGGGCUGGCCCUGUGUGAUGAAGUCAAAGACAUGCUGAGUGAUGCUGAGCUCCCAGACCUGAAGGCCAACCUGCUGCUCCCUGAGGAUGUGGCCCUGCGCAAUCUGCCCCCUCUGAAAAAUGCACACAAGAGGUUCAACUUUGAGCAGGACAGGCCCAUUUUCUCAGCAGUUGAGGAGUCCGUCGUGCGGAUCUGCUGCAUCCGGAGCUUUGGCCACUUCAUCACCCACCUGCAGGGCAGCAUCCUGCAGUUCAACUCAGAGCUGGGCAUCUUCAUCAGCAUAGCACAGGCAGAGCAGGACAACUUGCUGCACCAGGCCCAGGCCCAGUUUCACAUGGCUGCAGAGGAAGCUCGUCGGAACCGGCUCAUGAGGGACAUGGCUCAGCUUCGACUGCAGCUGGAAGUGUCUCAGCUGGAGGGAAGUCUGCAGCAGCCCAAGGCCCAGUCAGCCAUGUCUCCUUACCUUGUCCCAGACACCCAGGCCCUCUGCCAGCACCUGGCUCUUGUCAAGCAGCUGGCUGCUAGUGGCAGGUUCAUAAUCAUCAUCCCUCGAACAGUUAUCGAUGGCCUAGACUUCCUGAAAAAGGAGAACGCUGGUGCUAGGGACAGCAUUCGGUAUCUGGAGGCAGAAUUUAAAAAGGGAAACAGGUACAUUCGUUGCCAGAAGGAUGUUGGGAAGAGCUUUGAGAGGCAUAAAUUGAAGAGACAAGAUUUAGAUGCCUGGAAUCUGUAUAAAAUACUGGACAGCUGCAAGCAGCUGACAGUGUCCCAGGGCAGUGGAGAGGACGACACCACGGGCAUGGUCACCAUCAUCACGGGCUUCCAGCUGGAGGACCCCAGCUCCUUCUCAGUGCCCAUGCAGUCUGCCAUCCAGGCAGCCACCAACGCCAGCAUAGAGAUAAAGAACGUUCUGGAGUUCUACAAGCAGUGGAAGGAGAUGGGCUGAUGGUCAGAAGGGCUUCGGGUUGGUGAACCUUUCUCUCCCCCUCUCGCCACGUGCAGCGUCUGAACGAAGGAAACAACAAUCUGGGCGACACUUAGCACACGAAGAAGCAGCAGCAGCAACAAAAACACCUACCCAAACGAAUUAAAAAACCAAACAAAUGCAAUGUGGGCACGCACACUGACACCCUCCACCUGCAUCCUGAGCAGAGGCUGCACAGCUCUGAUGGCCCCACUGCUCUGAGAGAGGCCCUGGUGCGGCCGGGGCAGAGCUCUGCCCCUCUCCUGUCGGCAGAGCUGGGCGAGAGACGGGCAGUCCCUCAGCCCCUCCUUCCUCCCAGAGCUUGCUUGGCCAGCAGAGGCAGCCUGGUGGUUCAAAGCAUGGACUGAACCUCAGCACAACCAAACCAGUGUGGCAGGAGCACUGAGGAACCCUCCAGCUUGGGGAAGAAGAUCCAAAGAGGGGUUUUGCUCUUGUUUGGCAAUCUGGGGACAGGAAAGUGGAUAGGAUUUCCCCCCCAACUCCCCUGCUUUUGAAUUAAUUAUUUUUCAAGGGUUUUUUUCCUUUUAAUUUUUAGUUUUUAUAUAUAUGGAUAAUAUUAAAAAAAAAAGAAAAAAGAGGAGUUCCUUUGGGGUUUUGGAUACUCUUCCAACGUCAGAAAGAAAAGGAAAUGCUCUAUUUAAAAGGGGGGGAAAGCUCUUAAUAUAAUUUUUUUUGUCUUAGAACAAGCAUAUUUAUUUCCUUUCCCAGGCCCUCAUGGAGCAGGCUCAGUGCAAAGGGAUGUUGGCCUGUGAGGAGGGAGCAGCCCCAUGUUGCACUCCACUCUCCCUGGGAGCUGCACACUUCAUGAGCAACACUCUGCUCCAGGGAGGCCACAGGACUCUGGGGGAUGUGGAGGCCAUCCCCAGUUUCUCCCACUUUGCAUUAGACCUUGGAGGAAAGGAGGAAUCUGGCAGAACUGCUGCAAGAGAAAGAAGAGCCGGGUGGGAUUCAAGCACCAUUGAGGCUCAGAUGCUUGGCUUGAGCACUGCAACACUGGGAUGGAGCAGAUGUCUCCAAAGGACCCAAAGCCUCUUCUUCAUCUUUUCUUUUUGUUCCUUUUUUUCCCCACUAAAUCUUUCAAUAGGGUGUGGAGGAGGAAGGGGAAUCUCAAAGCCAUUAUUUUCUGCUGGUUGUGUGAUGCAUCACUGCUGCAAUGCUGUGCUAGAGAUGGUGGCAGAGCUGGAGUGUUGGUGUCCCCCUUUCUGGUGUCCUGGGCUGGCAGGAGCAGUGCUGUGAGCCACAGACUGUUCCUGCCUUUGGCACCCCAGGCAGGAGGGCUGGUGCUGUCUGCACAGAAGAGCUGUGAGGGAUCCCUGGCCUCCAUGCUGACAGCAUCUCCUGCAACCUGUGUCUGACACGCUGUCACUGGGCCAGUGCUGGGAUAUGAAGCUGCAGGUUGCUCAGCCUGGGCAGUCUCUUCAUGCUUCUUGUGUGCCCAUGGAACAGAUGUCUCCAUCCACAUGAACCAGCAGCUAUGCAAGUACAAACCACUGGAGUCUUCUGUCUGUAUUCUCCUAUGGGCCAGCCAGAAGCUGCUACAGCCAGAGCAGAGCCUGAGAAGCUGAGUCAUACUGCACUCUGUGCAGGCUCCCAGCAUGGCAUGUUGUACUGCAGGGGCAGGAUGCUCCUUGGUUUCAGGCAAAAACUAAAAAUACCAGCACAAGUACCAGAGGAUGAAUUUCCAGUUCCAGCUCCUGUACAGCACAGCAGAGAGAAAUGCCAACCAUGGUGCAGCUGGUCCAUCCCUGGAGGCUGACAGCCAGUUGUGAGGGACAAGGGUUUCCCUGCAGGAUCUUCCCUUCUACAGCUUCUGAAACUUAGAAUGCUUUGCUUGGCUAAGCCAAGAACAGGUCAUGUGCAAGACAACAGGUCAGAGACUCUGGCACACCUUGGGGAUUCUUGGAGAUCUGAGAUGGGUUGUAAAGCUCCCAGUCACUCUUUCCUCCACUGGUUUUAUUUGAAGCCAUUUGUUUGUGUAGCUCAUUAUUUCUGUUUGAUGGGGUAGGAAAAGAGAAGGGAAUCACCUUGUGGGACUGUUCUUGAGGUGAAACCCUCCUUGUCUGGCAGGGGGCACAGAGGGUUAAUGUGCUCUGCUUUUUCCUGCUGCUGAAGAACCCCCUCCCCUGAUCCUGGUGCUGAGCUCAGCAGAGGAGCUGGAGGUCACUGGGGCUGAGCCCAGAGUGUCACCAAAGCCUCAGUGACACCCUUGUGGCUGCUCCUGGGUUGGUGAAGGGAGGCACUGCUGGGCUGUGGUCAGGGCAGGGAGGAGCUGGGGCAGGCUUCAGCUUCAUCCAGUGGAGCAUUCCUGGCUGAGGGGCAGCAGAGCAGUGCAGCUGGAGCAGCAGCCCCAGGGGAUGCCAGUCUGGCUGAUGGCAAGUGUGUCAGCUCAUGGCAAGUGUGUUCAGUUGGUGCAGCCCACAGCUGGGCAGGGUGACCCUGGGAGCCAAGAGCUGUGCAGCUGGGCAGCCUCAGGAGGAGCUGUGUUUGAGGCAGAGGCUUGUGUGGGCACAGCAUCCAGUUCCACAAUAAAAGUAAACUAACUCCAUUUCUGUAACCAGGGGCACUGGAGCUGCUGUCAGCCAUGUGGGGCUGCAUGGUGGCAGCAGGGGUUGCUCACAGCUGUCCCUUAGUCACUGCUCUGGUCCCCUGAGGGGUUGGUUUAAUAUUCCAAGGCUUUGCACACCUGGAGGGGAGAAAGAAGCCCUCACUGUGCAGUGGGGCAUCCUGACUGCCCCAUGGCACCUUCCACUCUGGGCUGGGUGGGGAGGGACUGUGGCCUUUAAAAAGGACACCUGAAGGGUCCCUGUGCUACCCUCAUCCUUUCCAGAGCACACAGCUGUGCUCGAGGACCUGGUGAAUGGUUUCUGGAUUUGAAUCCCCAGUCAGAGAUACCCAGAGCUGAGAAACUGAGGGGCUGUGCAGUGUGGGAGCAGCACAGCUGCAGGGCAGCCCUGGGCAGGUGGCAUGUAGUGUGCUCCAGCAAGCAUGGCCUGAGGGGUUCACCAUGCCAUCCCCAAGAUCUGCUCUGUCCAGGGCCACUGCAUCUCCCCUGGCAUGGUGGGUGUGACAUGAAGUGGGUCUUGGGAUGGCAGCAAACAGGAUGGUCUGUGGGAGGCUCUUGCAGCCUGUGGCUGCUGUGGUGCUGCACUGGGGGCUCCCUGAGCCCCCCACCCUGUGCAUCCUGCUCCUAGCCAGAGCCACGAGCUGCCUCAGCAGGAGCAGCAGGAUGGAGACACUGCAGGCUCUGGCCAUGGCUCUUCACUGCUGCUCCUGCACCAGCUCCAGCCUUGCCCCGAGCAGCUGUAAGUGCCUGCUGUGCUGUGAAGGAGAGAAACAGAAAAACCAUCUUGUGGGCUGAAAAUAAGAGUUUUCCUAUGUUCUGGUGUGUUUCUUGGGUUUGGUUUUUCUCUUCAUUACUACCCUGUUGAGCUGUUGGGGGUUUUUGGGGUGACCCCUUGCUGGGAGGACACAGGUCUGUGGUGGCUGAGACUGGCUGGGCUGUCCCCAAACCAUGGUGGACACAGGCACUGGUGCUUGUUGGGUUCUUCUCCAUGGUUUCAUGGCUGUUCCAAGCAGCUCCUCUGGUCCCAUCCUUGCUUGGCUCGAGGCCACUGCAGUGCCUCGGGUUUUGUCUCACAUCUUCAAUUUAGGGUUCUUUCCUUCUUGGUGUGCAGCAGCACUGGCCAGGGUGGGACAGGGCAGGCUGGCACUGGGCUCCUGUGCUGACCUUGCCACUUGCAGGGAGGGAAAUGCAGGUUUGAGGCGAGGGACAAUCACCUCUCCUCAGCCCUGGGGCUUGCAGAGCCAGGGGGGAUCACUCACUGAGGGCCGAGGGGACGUGGGGCCCAGCUGGAAGAGGAGGGGCUGGGGCUCCCAGCAUGUCUGACCAUGGUCUGAACACAGCAACUGGCUUAAUAAAAUACCAGAUGUUUGUA